AUGUCAGUGAUGGCGGCUACGGCGGUAGUGUCUCCGCAGGCUGAGGCCUCGGAGUCGUGGUACUUGGCGCUGCUAGGGUUUGCCGAACACUUUCGCACUUCCAGUCCGCCCAAAAUUCGGCUGUGUGUUCACUGCUUGCAAGCCGUCUUCCAGUUCAAGCCCCCGCAGCGCAUUGAGGCCCGAACUCACUUGCAACUAGGCUCGGUUCUGUACCAUCAUACCAAGAACAGCGAACUGGCCCGGCAGCACUUGGAGAAGGCGUGGUUUAUUUCGCAGCAAAUCCCACAGUUUGAAGAUGUGAAGUUUGAAGCAGCAAGCCUUCUCUCUGAGCUAUAUUGUCAAGAGAACUCCGUUGAUGCUGCUAAACCUCUUCUACGAAAAGCUAUUCAGAUUUCCCAGCAGACUCCUUACUGGCAUUGCAGGCUGCUCUUCCAACUAGCUCAACUACACACUCUAGAAAAGGAUUUGGUGUCAGCAUGCGACCUGUUAGGAGUUGGAGCAGAGUAUGCACGUGUAGUUGGUUCUGAAUAUACCAGGGCAUUGUUCUUGCUUAGCAAAGGAAUGCUCUUGUUGAUGGAGAGAAAGCUGCAAGAAGUGCAUCCGCUUCUCACCUUGUGUGGACAGAUUGUGGAGAACUGGCAGGGUAACCCUAUACAAAAAGAAUCCUUGAGAGUUUUCUUCCUUGUUCUGCAGGUCACGCAUUAUUUGGAUGCUGGACAGGUAAAAAGUGUAAAGCCAUGCCUAAAACAGUUACAACAAUGCAUACAGACCAUUUCAACUUUACAUGAUGAUGAGAUUCUGCCCAGUAAUCCAGCUGACUUGUUCCACUGGCUUCCCAAAGAGCACAUGUGUGUUCUGGUUUAUUUGGUAACAGUCAUGCAUUCUAUGCAGGCUGGAUAUUUAGAAAAGGCACAAAAAUAUACCGACAAGGCCCUUAUGCAGCUGGAGAAGCUCAAAAUGCUGGAUAGCAGUCCAAUCCUAUCCUCUUUUCAAGUUAUCCUCUUGGAACAUAUAAUCAUGUGUCGUCUUGUCACAGGACACAAAGCCACAGCUUUACAAGAGAUAUCACAGCUCUGCCAGCUCUGCCAGCAGUCUCCACGUCUGUUCUCUAACCAUGCAGCUCAACUCCACACAUUAUUGGGCUUAUACUGUAUUUCUGUAAAUUGCAUGGAUAAUGCAGAAGCACAGUUCACAACAGCACUAAGGCUAACAACGCACCAGGAGCUGUGGACAUUUAUAGUGACAAAUUUAGCAAGUGUUUACAUCAGAGAGGGAAACAGGCACCAGGAGCUUUACGCUUUACUAGAAAGAAUUAACCCAGAUCAUAAUUUUCCAGUCAGUUCUCACUGCCUACGUGCAGCGGCCUUCUACAUCCGGGGGCUCUUUUCUUUUUUCCAAGGCAGAUAUAAUGAAGCAAAGCGAUUUCUGCGUGAAACCUUAAAAAUGUCAAAUGCAGAGGAUCUCAACCGGCUGACUGCCUGCUCCUUGGUUCUUUUAGGCCACAUCUUUUAUGUACUGGGGAACCACAGAGAAAGUAACAAUAUGGUAGUCCCAGCCAUGCAGUUGGCAAGCAAGAUUCCAGACAUGUCUGUACAGCUCUGGUCUUCUGCUCUCUUAAGAGAUUUAAACAAGGCUUGUGGUAAUAAUAUUGAUGCACAUGAAGCAGCCCAAAUGCACCAAAACUUCUCCCAGCAGCUUCUCCAGGAUCACAUUGAAGCCUGCAGUCUUCCUGAACACAACUUGAUCACGUGGACAGAUGGCUCGCCUCCAGUACAGUUUCAAGCGCAGAAUGGGCCCACCACCAGCUUGGCCAGCCUUUUGUGA